CGAUCAGUUUGUCUUAAAUUGAAAACUGGUUCAAUUUUCAGAGCUUGAUUAACAGAAAGUUGAUAAAUUUAGGCACUAAUCGGAUCCAGGAGAAUUGGGUAGGCGGUGGAAUCGAGAUCGAGAAGGAUGAGUGAGGUGUUUGAGGGGUACGAGCGCCAAUACUGCGAGCUCUCAGCUAAUCUCUCAAGCAAGUGCACGGCUGCCACCGCCGUGGAUGGAGGAGAUGGUGCUCAUGUGAAUUCUUGCUUUGCAGAGAAAAAAAAGCAGAUAAUUUCAGAGGUAAAAGCUGGAUUAGAGGAUGCAGAUACUUUGCUGAGGAAAAUGGACCUUGAGGCAAGGAGUUUGCAACCAAGUGUGAAGGCUGCUCUUCUUGCCAAGCUAAGAGAAUACAAGGUUGAUUUGAACAAUUUGAAGAGCCAACUGAAGAGAAUCGCAUCACCUGUCGUGAAUUUCGCAGCUCGGGACAAGCUGUUGGAGCCCGGAAUGGCAGAUUCCUUGACGACAUCUAACGAUCAACGAGGAAGAUUGUUGAUGACGACCGACAUGUUAAAUCAGUCGACGGACAGAAUCAAGGAGAGUAGAAGAGCAAUGCUGGAAACCGAGGAGCUUGGGGUCUCAAUCCUCCAAGAUUUGCACCAACAACGCCAGUCACUUCUAAAUGCUCACAAUACACUCCACGGGGCGGAUGAAAGUAUCAGCAAGAGCAAGAAGGUGCUGACCGCCAUGACGAGGAGUAUGAACAGGAACAAAUGGAUUGUCGGCUCCAUCAUCGGAGUCUUUGCCGUUGCAAUCUUGUUUAUCCUUUAUCUUAAGAUUACGCGCUAGCUAAUAUUGGUCUGGAAUUUCACUCUGAUAUUGGUGUGUAUGUUAUUGGAUAUCGUUUCUGGUUGAUUCGGGCAAAGGGCAAACAGAGCUGUCUUUUCGUUAUAUCUUUGCAAAAUUUGGUGUUGGAAUGAAUGAAAGCAGCCAUGGAUUCGUUUGAGACGAACAGAGUGGCCGGGGUUGGCCGG